UCAUGCUUGUUUUCUCAUUUUUUUCAAGGGUUUUUUUUUUUGUUUUCCCCUAUUUUUCUCUAGGAUUUUGAUCUAUAGUCUGGAGGUAGGAGAAUCUCUAAAUAUUUUGCUUUUCUUUUUUUUUCUCCUUUCCCUGUCUUUCUGGGAUUUGUUGUUAUUGUUGUUUGUAUUGCUAAUCAAGCGUCUUGAAGAAAUUUCAGGUUCUUACUUUGUAGAAUCUUUAUUUUGCUAACUUUAGAUUACUGUUCCAGUUUGUUUUAUCUUAGGAAAGCUGUAAGUUGGAGUACUUUAAUUUUUGGUAGUUUUAUUUCAAAUAAGAUUUCACUUAAUUGUUUUAGGCAAGUUUGAACAGUCUUUUUUUGGCGAGGAGAGAGCUAAUUUGUUACUGUAUAGAAAUCUUUUAACGUUAGUGGGUAUGUGCCUUAUUUUCAUAAAAUAAUGCUUUGAGUUAUUGCUGAAAAUGGCUGAAAUUAGACUCACUAGGGUAGAGCAAGGCCAAACCAAGAUUAGAAAUGUCCCAAUUGCUGUGACCCCGGAAGGUUUCUGGUGUUGUCCCUCUCCUGUUGUGUUCCAAAAGACUCUCAAAUCACAAAAUCCUCUUAACAAACCCAAAUCCUCCUCACCACCACCCAAGACUACUGUUCAGAAGAAACAGAUCCCACUAACUGAGAAGAAGCCAAUGACCACUCCAAUAAGGGCAGCAGUUACCUCUGAUGAUCAAAGAACUUUUACCCCAGAUAAUCCUGGUAUUAGUGCACCGGUUGUUCUUGAGAGGGCGCCGAGGCCUAAGGUAGAACAUGUGCCUAGGAAGGUGGCAAUUGAGUUUGGUGAACCAGGAACCAGUGAUAUGAAGGUGAUUCUGCUUGGAAAGCAAGGGUUUUGUGUGAAAUUGAGUGUGCACAAGAAAGUUCUACUGGAGCAUAGUAGUUUUUUCACUGAUAAACUUUCUGAGCAAGAGUCUGGUUUGUCUUGCCUUGAACUUGAUGACUGUGAGGAUGUUGAAAUUUACGUUGAAACUGUGGGACUGAUGUACUGCAAGGAAAUGAAGCAGCGAUUGAUCAAACAAAGUGUUUCACGUGUGCUCCGCAUUCUCAAGGUCGCUGAACUACUUGGCUUUAACUCAUGCAUUCAAUCAUGCUUGGAAUACUUGGAAGCAGUUCCUUGGGUUGGUGAAGAGGAAGAAGAAAAGGUGGUCUCUUUAGUUUUGCAACUCCAGGGUGAAGGUAUUGGAGUUACCCCAGUAUUAAAACGCAUCUCUUCUGAUAUCUCUAAUCCCCCCAGGGACACAAUUUCACACAUAAUGGAACUUGUUCUUAAAAGCAAUGAGGAGAGAGGCCGGCGUGAAAUGAAAUCUAUAGUAUUGAAGCUUCUUAGGGAGAAUAAUAGUCUUCCAAGCUAUGCUGGUUCAGCUGACAUCUGCAAUGAAACUGUUUAUGCAUCAUGCAGAAGCUGCUUGGAUUCACUUUUGUCUCUGUUCAAGCAAGCAGCUGACCCAGAAUUCACUGCUAAACCCAUGGAAAGCAAAGAACCUGUGGUGAAACAAAUAGCUUUGCAGGCAGAUAAUCUCUCAUGGCUGCUUGAGAUUUUGUCUGACAGGCAAGCUGCAGAUGAAUUUGCACUAAUGUGGGCUAGCCAGCAAGAGUUAGCAACGUUACAUUCAAAGCUGCCUAUUGUGUCUCGUCACCAUGUUAGCUGCAUUACAGCUCGGUUGUUUGUUGGAAUUGGAAAAGGGGAGUUGCUACCAGUGAAGGACACUCGUCAGCUGUUGUUACAAACCUGGUUGCAGCCAUUGAUCAAUGACUACAGCUGGUUGCAACAUAGCUGCAGAUCAUUUGAUCGGAAAGUUGUGGAGGAAGGCAUCGGCAGGACAAUCCUCACAUUGCCUCUAGAGGAUCAGCAGAGUAUUUUGCUGGCUUGGUUGGGCAGUUUUCUGAAGGCUGGUGACAACUGCCCAAAUCUUCAGAGGGCCUUUGAGGUCUGGUGGCGUAGAACUUUCAUUAGACCUUAUGCAGAUGCCCAAGGCAAUGCACUCCAGUCAGAUAGCUCGGUGACAUCAAAGCAGUAGACUAAAGAAAUAACAAUACAAGUGAGACCAUGUGUAAAUUAAUUGGAAUUACCUUGCAGAGUUUGCGGAGAACUCACUUCAGCUUAAAAUAACGGUAUACUGAAACAAAAGUACUUAUAAGUACUUGUUGGAGUAUUUCUCCAUUACCAAUGGCAAGUCUCCUUGGAGGUAGCGUGAUUUCAGUUAACUACUUCAUGCUGCUGUUUCGUACUAGAAUACAAUAUGAAAUGUAUGAAACUUACUUUGGAUUGAUGAGUGCUGGUUGAUUGUUUUGAUCUGGCAAUUCGCAGAAGGAAAUUUUAAUUCAAGGUUCUUUCCUGUGAAUUUUUCAUCUAGCUUGAUAUAUGGUUGUGCA